AUGCAAGCAAACGCGCGCGAGUUCGAAAACAAAAGAGAGAAAAUCUUGCUAACCCAUAAGCAGCUAAAUAUUUUAAAGUUAGAGAAUAUAUAUAAUUCCAGCGGACGUCCGCCGUACGGGUCAUACUUACCUGCUCAGUGGCACACGGUGAUCCAAAAGGCCGUGGCCAUGUCUGGAACCGCCUCCCUUGCACUACGGUUGCGGUGAUAGGCAGGAACAACCCAACGUUGUCUUCAUGGGAUAAUUUAUGGUAGGGUGAGGCUGCGUGCGCGCGGCUCUCGCCCCU